AUGUCAUUUUGUCUCCACCCCCUGUGAGUAAGCCCACAGCAUAGCUAAGUGCAGCCGCCCUCCUCUGUCACCGAGAGACAGUCCACUUAAAUGCAGCUCCAGGGUUGCGGGACUCCCACCAGCAUCACUCCCCGUGUGAGGUGGCAAAUGCAACAUGCUCUCCAGCUUGGGGUGUCUACUUCUCUGUGGAAGUAUUGCACUAGCCCUGGGAAAUGCACAGAAAUUGCCAAAAGGUAAAAGGCCAAACCUGAAGGUCCACAUCAAUACCACAAGUGACUCCAUCCUCUUGAAGUUCCUGCGUCCACAUCCUAAUGUAAAACUGGAAGGUUUUCUCCUGGGAUAUGGAAGCAACUUAUCACCAAACCAGUACUUCCCUCUUCCUGCGGAAGGGAAAUACACUGAGGCCGUGGUUGAUGCUGAGCCUAAAUAUCUGAUAGUCGUGCGGCCCGCUCCUCCUCCCAGCCAAAAGAAGUCAUGCUCAGGUAAAGCACGAUCUCGCAAACCCCUCCAGCUGGUGGUUGGCACUCUGACACCAAGCUCAGUCUUCCUGUCCUGGGGCUUCCUCAUCAACCCUCACCAUGACUGGACAUUGCCAAGUCACUGUCCCAAUGACAGAUUUUAUACAAUUCGCUAUAGAGAAAAGGAUAAGGAAAAGAAAUGGAUUUUUCAACUCUGUCCGGCCACUGAAACAAUUGUGGAAAAUCUAAAGCCUGACACAGUUUAUGAAUUCGGAGUGAAAGACAAUGUAGAAGGUGGAAUUUGGAGUAAGAUUUUUAAUCACAAGACUAUUGUUGGAAGUAAAAACAAAGUAAAUGGGAAAAUCCAAAGUACCUAUGACCAAGUCCACACAGUGCCAGCAUAUGUCCCAAAAAAGCUAAUCCCAGUAACAAUCAUCAAGCAAGUGAUUCAGAAUGUUACUCACAGGGCCUCAACUAAAUCCCCAGAAAAGACUCCCUAUGGAGGAACAAUACUGGUCCACCUUGUUAUUCCAGGUCUUAAUGAAACCACCAUAAAACUUCCUACCUCCAUAAUGUUUGAGAUUUCGGAUGCAAUCAAGACACAGUUAGCUAAGAAUGAAACCUUGGCACUGCCUGCUGAAUCUAAAACACCAGAGAUAGAAAAAAUCCCAGCACAGCCCGUAACAGUGACUCCUGAAUCAGUUCCAAGAACCACUAAACCCACUGUGUCUAGUGCAUUAGACAUUUCAGAAACAAUACCGGCUUCAAGUCAAAAGCCAUGGAUUGUGCCUACACGUAAAAUAUCUGAAGAUUCCAAAAUUCUGCUGCCUCAAACUGCCACUUAUGAUGUUUUCUCAAGCCCUACAACAUCAGAUGAGCCUGAAAUAUCAGAGCCCCACACAGCAACAAGCGAUCCAUUUCUGGAUUCUGUCCCAUCUAAAACUUCUAGAACUCUUGAACAGCCAAGGGCAACACUGGCUCCGAGUGAAACACCAUUCGUUCCUCAAAAACUGGAAAUCUUUACCAGUCCUGAAAUGCAACCUACAACACCUGCUCCCCUGCAAACUACAUCUGUCCCUUCUACACCUAAACGACGCUUCAGGCCCAAAACACCAAGAACUAAACCUGAAAGAACCACAAGUCCUGGAACAAUUACAUCUAAAAUUUCUAAAAGCCCUGAACCUACACGGACAACACUGGCUCCCAGUAAAACACAGUUUAUUUCUUUGAAACCUAAAAUCCCUCUCAGUCCAGAAGUGACACCCACCAAACCUGCCCUGGAACCUGAGACUCCACCACCAUCACAGCCGCCAAUAGUCUUAGAACCUGGAACACUGGGAACUAAACCUUCAGCAACAACAUUAGCUCCACCAAAGACCAAACGACCAGGUCGUCGUCCCCGCCCUAAAACCACACCUAGUCCAGAUGUGCCCAAGUCCAAACCUGCUCUGGAACCUGCUACGGUACAACUGGAGCCCUUGGUGCCCACAGUUGCGUCGAAACCAUCCGAAAGACCUAAAACUACACGUAGACCAGAUGUACCUCAAAUCCAGCCUGUUCCUGCCAGAGACAUUGAACCUGUAACUCUGAGAACUGAGGCUCCUUGGACAACAUUAGCUCCAAAAACAUCACAAAGAACAAGAAAACGUCGUCCACGUCCACGUCCCAAACAUAAAACCACGCCGAGCCCAGAGACACCUCAGGCCAAACUAGACCUUGAACCUGUUACUACUGGGACAUCUUUAGCUCUAACAACAACAAAGAGACCCCGUCGUCCACGUCCCAAACCUAAAACCACGCCCCAUCCAGAAGUACCUCAGACCACACUGGUUCCUGCCACAAUCCCUGAACCAGUUACUCUUAGGACCGAGGCUCCAGGGACGACCGUAGCCCCCAAAGUGCCUCAGCGAACUCAUCAUCCACAUCCCAAAUCUGAAACCACACGGAAUCCUGAAACACCUCAGACUGAACUGGUUCCUGCCACAGUCCUUGAAGCAGUUACUCCUAUCAAAGAGGCUCCAGGGACAGCAUUCGUUCCUGUUACAGACCUUGAACCUGUUACUUUUACAACUGAGACCUCUGGGACCACAUUAGCUACCAAAGCAUCAAAAAGACCUCGUCGUCCACGUCCCAGACCUAAAACCACACCAAGCCCUCAAGUACCUCAGACCAAACCGGUUCCUGCUACAGUCCUUGAACCUGUCACUCUUAGACCAGAGGCCCCCAGAACAACAUUAGCUUCCAAAACAUCACAACAGACAAUUCAUCCACAUCCACAUCCAAGUCCUGAAGUACCUGAGUCCAAACCAGCUCCUACUGCAGACUUUGAACCUGUUACAUUCAGAACUGAGGCUUGGGUGACAACACAAGCUCCUAAAACAUCAAAACGGACCCGUCGUCCACGUCCCAAACCUAAAACCACACCAACUCCUGAGGCACCUCAAACCAAACUGGUUCCCACUGCAGAUCUUGAACCUGGUACUUUUAGAACUGAAGCUCCAGAAAUCGUGGUUCUUCCUACAGUCCUUGAACAUGUCACUCCUAGAACCAAGGCUCCAGAAACAACGUUAGCUCCUAAAACAUCACGAGUUCGUCGUCCACGUCCCAGACCUAAAACCACAUCAAGCCCUGAAGCACCUCAGACCAAACUGGUUCCUGCUACUAGCUUUGAACCUGUUAUUCAUAGCUCUGAAGCUCCAGAAACAACAUUAGCUCCCACUGAACUGCAUACUCUUAUUUUGAAACCAGUGACAUCACCAAGCCUAGAAAUAACACAAAGUCAACCUGUUUCUGAAGUCCUGGAAUCGGUUACAUUUAGCACUGAGUCAUCAAAGGAAGCUAUAGCACCAACUGAAAUAGAUUAUGUAUAUUCCACUGCCAAAGCACCACUCAGGCCAGAGGAGUCAAAGACUGAAGUUGUGGAAUCUAUUACAAAUGUGUCUGAACCACCUGAGAUCACGCUAGAAACAUCACCUCUGCCUUCCCAAACUGUAAUCCUACCCAGCCCAGAUGAGCCUCAGACCGAACCGGUGCCCAAGCAGACACCGCGAGCUCCUCCCAAACCAAAAAUAUCUCCACGUCUAAGAAUCCCACCGACACAGCCAGCUCCUAAGGUGUUCCAGCAUGUUACUCCGAAGCCAAAGACAUCACCAAGUCCAGAAGCGUCCUAUACUCAGCCUGUUCCAAGAGAUGUGCUCCUUCCCCAUAAACCAGACCCUGAAGUCUCUCAGAGCGAACCUGUUCUGCAACCUGUUACCUUUAGAAUUGAUCUGCCAGAGACAACACUAGCUCCUUUAGAGACACGAGGCAGCCCUUUCAUUCCUAUGAUUUCACCGAGUUCUAGUCAAGAGGAACUACAAACCACUCUGGCAGAAACAGACCAAUCCACCCAAGAACUCUUCACAACUAAGUUUCCACGAACAACUGAAUUGGCAAAGACAACUCCGGCACCACACAGAUUGUAUACAACUCCUGUGAAGCCCAGAACACCUGACAAACCACACAUCAGGCCUGUUCUGAAUAGGACAACUGCAAGACCUAGUAGACCCAAACCCAGUACAAUGCCCAAAGGGAAUGGAAUGGAAACAGGGGUCAAGCAAGCACCACUGCCAUCCGGUGCUGAUGGAAAUGUGUCAGUGGACUCUUCUUACUCCACAAAAAAAACAGCCACAAUCCCAGGCACUCGUCGCCCACCCUUGCCACCUAGACCCAUGCCCCCACGAAGAAAGCCUUUACCACCAAAUAAUGUCACCGGAAAGCCAGGAAGCGCAGGAAUCAUUUCAUCAGACCGAGUAACUUCCCCACCCUUGAGGGCAACACUCAGACCUACUGAAGCCCCCUUGGAGAGAACAGAGACAGAUAAAAAGCAACCAACAGCUCCUGCCUCAGGAGAAGAUCUUGGUAAUAUGACUGACUUUAGCUCAAGUCCAACAAGAGAAACUGAUCCUCUUGGGAAGCCCAGAUUCAAAGGUCCUCACGUGAGGUAUAUCCAAAAGCCUGACAACAGGCCCUGCUCCAUCACUGACUCUGUCAAGCGAUUCCCCAAAGAGGAGGCCACAGAAGGGAAUGCCACCAGCCCACCGCAGAACCCACCUACCAACCUCACUGUUGUCACUGUGGAAGGUUGUCCCUCCUUUGUCAUCUUGGACUGGGAUAAGCCACUCAAUGACACUGUCACUGAAUAUGAAGUUAUAUCCAGGGAAAACGGGUCAUUCGGUGGGAAGAACAAGUCCAUUCAAACUACAAAUCAAACCUUCUCCACAGUAGAAAAUCUAAAACCAGACACAAGCUAUGAGUUCCAGGUGAAACCCAAAAACCCACUUGGUGAAGGCCCACCCAGCAACACGGUGGCAUUCAGUACUGAAUCAGCUGACCCAAGAGUGAGUGAGCCAGUUUCUGCAGGAAGAGAUGCCAUCUGGACUGAAAGACCCUUUAAUUCAGACUCUUACUCAGAAUGUAAGGGCAAACAGUAUGUCAAAAGGACGUGGUAUAAAAAGUUUGUAGGGGUGCAGCUGUGCAACUCUCUCAGAUACAAGAUUUAUCUGAGUGACUCCCUCACAGGAAAAUUUUAUAACAUAGGUGAUCAGAGAGGCCAUGGAGAAGAUCACUGCCAGUUCGUAGACUCAUUUUUAGAUGGACGCACAGGACAGCAACUCUCUUCUGACCAGUUACCCACCAAAGAAGGCUAUUUCAGAGCAGUUCGCCAGGAACCUGUCCAAUUUGGAGAAAUUGGUGGUCACACCCAAAUCAAUUAUGUCCAGUGGUAUGAAUGUGGGACCACAAUUCCUGGAAAAUGGUAGAUGCUGCAAUCACGUUCAGAAGUGCCUUCUGUUUCAUCAUGGCAAAAAUAAUUGGAAACAGUAUGGUGUUUGUCACAUGCAUUUAAAGCUCUUAUGUUUACUAUGUAUAAAAGUUUAAAAUCUAAUUAAUAGCAAUAUUAGAUGUUUACUAGGAAGAUUGCUAAGAAUAUUUAUCAGGUUUUACAAAGUCAUUUAAAGAAAGCAAAAUAUUGACAUUAACAGAAUAACAUUUUUGGGGAAGCUGGCUCCCUAUUCAUGGUAUUUUAAGAGAUCAUUUGUAUAUUAUUUAUCACAUUGUUGUAAUGAUGUUUUGAGAUACUUUUAUAACAAAAUUAACAUCAAAAAACUAAUAUACUUUUUAAAAAAUACUAUUAUUCUGUAUUCUUCCUACUGGUGAGUUAAUUCCAUAAACCUCUACUUGGUUUAACUUAUUAGAUCAAAUUAUCUUCAGCAUAUAUAUCUGGGGGAAAAAGGUGCUAAUAUUCACAUGUUUAUUUAAACUUCAACUUUUUAGCAACAGCUGAAUAUCUUUUCUGAAGCGUUUAAAUAGUUAACCAUUCAUGACAGUAUACAUUUCCUCAAAUACCUGCAAAUUAUUGAAAAGAUUUUGUUUGAAUCAGUAAAUUUCAUUUCAGUUAUAAAUAGAAUUGAGAAUUAUAUAUAGCGUUUCAAAAUACAUCUUUUUUUCUUUCUCUACCCAUAAACAUGUUACAAUGUCUGAAUGUUAUUUGUCAAACUAUCCCUUUAAGCAGUUGUGUUCCUACUGUUUUUAAUAUAAUUCUAAUCAAGCUGUAUACAGAGACUGACUGUAACGUCUAAGCACAAAAGGAUAAUGCAUGAUGAGAUCCCUGCCAUUUUAUAGGAUAUUUACUAUAUUUUUACACAGAAGAUCUCUAGGGAAUGAAUGUAUCAGAGGCUGUUUUUGUAAUUCUGUCUAAUCCAACCUGUAAUGAAAAUCUGACUCGUUUUUAUGUUUAAAAAAAAAAAAGUAUUUUUCUCCUUCAUUUGGGGAGGGAGAUGGGAAUGCUGCAUUGUUGCCCUCCUCCUUAAAGGACCUUUCUGUGCUUACCACCUUUCACCAUGCUUCAGUUUUAUCAAUACUUCAUUUUAUAUUUUUCAAACAAGUAUGAACUCUGCAAUAAAGAGAUGUAGUUUUUUUAAGACCGA